AAAUUUAAAGGCCAAGUGGUUCGUAAAUAGCCAAAUACUGGACACUUGUGAAGGGAGUUACUAUUAGCCUGUCGUACAAUACAGAACACCAUAUCGUUCAGAUAUUUUGGCGUAAAAUUUAAUAAUUUUACUCGAGAGCGUUUUUAUUUCGUUCGAAAGGAAAUACAGCAAAGAAAUGGCGCGUUUAUUAUUGACUAAUGUUGCAAUUGCCGGUAUUUUAUGGAUCGGUGUAAUACUUUCAGUUAAUUGCAUUGAAUUGGAAUACACGGAUAUUACAGUUAUUGGAAAAAAUAAUUCUUAUCAGACAUUGAAUCCGCAAGCAACUUUUGAUCUAUUUGAUAAAAUUCGUCAUGUCAAGGGGAAUAUUAUAUUUUCGAAAGGAAAAAGGAUAACUGGUGAUCAAUUAAUUUUAAACCACUUGGAUUCAGAACAAUUCAGCAAACCAGAAGACAUUGAAGUUUUUCUUCGCUAUCCCUCGGGCAGUGAUGGUAAAAUUAUCACAUUAGUUGAAGUUCUAGCCGAUCCCGAUACAACCAGUAAAGAUGCAAAUACUGGAUUUAUUAAAGGAACAGGAGGCAUUAAUAAUAAAACAUUUGAAUUAUUAGUUCAAUGUAAAUACACAGCAAAUUUUGCAUAUGAAAUAUUUAUCUAUGGAUAUUAAACAAAAAAAGAAGGAGAAAAAAAAAAAAAACAAGGAUAAAGAAAACCAAAAAGUAUUGAUUGACAUUAUUAUCAAAUUUCUUCAAAUGUUCAUUAUGCAAAAAAAAAAAAAAAGAAAUCAUGUUUGCAAACGGAAAUUCAUAUGAAAUUCAUUAAAAGAAAUCAAAUCUGUGAUUGUUUACAUUUUAUUGUAGCCUUAAAAAGUUUAUAAGUUUAAUAUAUUUAUUGAAAAGAAAAAAAAAAAAGAAAGAAAAAACAAAAAUACAUAAUAUACAUGAGUUAAAAUUAGAAGAUUUCAUCAAAAUUAUGUGUUUAAAUCUAUUUGAUAUUUAAUUUUAGGUUUUUGUUUUUUGUUUUUAAUGAACAAGGCCUUUUUUUUGGUGAUUUACUUUUGAAGAGAAAAAACAGUCCUUUUCAAUUUUUACAUUAAGUUUUCACUUAAAGCAGAAAUCGAUUUUAUAUUUUCCGUAAAAAUGGGGUCAAAAGCUGAAAAUAUUGUUGAAUUUAAAAAAGUAGUUAAAAAAACCCUUUUUUAAACUUAUAAAAUUUAGACUUUAGACUAAUUGAAGUCUUGGGGAAUUCAUAGAGUCAUACCAAGCCUUCUGGAAAAGGUAUCUUCUUUUUGACCACCUGUGACUUUUGGCAUACCUAAUCAUACAAGUACCCCAAAAUCCUAUCUAAAUGAGCCAUUCCACACAUUGAUUGAAAUAUUAUACCUAUGUUCAAAUCAAAUUGGCUAACUCAAGAAGCUAAAUUUUUUUAUAUUUUAAUUGAAUAAAAUUGCGUUUCUUAUUUCUUUUAUUUUGUUUGACCAUCAGUUAUCUUA